AUGGGGACGGAGAAGAAGGUGAAGGUGUUCGGGCUGGCGAGAUCCACCUGCGUGGCGCGGGUGCUGGUGUGCCUGGAGGAGGUCGGCGCCGAGUACGAGCUGGUGCACGUCCACCUCCCCGCCGGCGACCACAAGGGCCCCGCGCAUCUCGCCCGCACCCCCUUUGGCCAGGUCCCGGCUUUCCAGGACGGCGAUCUCAUCCUUUUCGAGUCGCGCGCGAUUUCGAGGUACGUGCUCCGCAAAGGCGCAUCCGAUCUAUUCCGAGAAAACAGCCUCGCCGAGUCGGCGGCGGUGGACGCAUGGCUCGAAGCUGAGUCCCACAACUUCGACAGGGCCAUGUCGGCGAUCACCUUCCAGUGCUUCGUCAUGCCCAUGUUCAUGGGCGGGACGACCAACCAGAGGGUCGUCGAGGAGAACCUGGAGAAGCUGAAGGUGGCCCUCGGAGUCUACGAGGAGCGUCUGUCCAAAUCCCGGUUCAAAUACUUGGCCGGAGAUUUCAUCAGCCUGGCGGACCUCAGCCAUUGCCCCAUGGCUCACUACCUGCUGGCCAGCCCCUGCGCGUCGGUUCUCGAUGCGUAUCCACGUGUGAAGGCUUGGAUUGAUGGGAUGAUGGAUCGACCGAGCGUGAAGAAGGUCAUGGAGCUUAUGGAUGCGUCGUGA